GCCAGAGUGUCCACCGACGUGAAUGUCGCGUGUCGGCCCCGAGUUCCCGACCUCCUCUUCACCGAAUUCACUUUUGGGCCAGAAGAUGCGUCCGCCGCUCGUCGCCGCCAGGAUGAGGCUGCCGCUCGUCGCCGUCGUCGCGCUGCUGGCCUUCAUCCCAGAGAGCCUCACGAGCUGGGAGGAGUGGUGGACCUACGAUGGCAUCUCAGGGCCCAGCUUCUGGGGGCUCAUCAACCCCCAGUGGGGCCUCUGCAGCAAGGGCCGCCGCCAGUCGCCCGUCAACAUCGAGGCCGAGAAGCUGCUGUUCGACCCGCGGCUGCGGCCGCUGCACGUCGACAAGCACAUGAUAAGCGGCUCGCUGCACAACACGGGCCAGUCGCUAGUGCUGCGCGUCAACCAGGACUCCAAGCACCACGUCAACAUCUCGGGCGGGCCGCUGGACUACCGCUACCAGCUGCAGGAGGGCUACAUCCACUACGGCAACACCGACGGCCAAGGCUCCGAGCACCGCGUCAACGGCUACCAGUUCCCCGCAGAGAUCCAGCUGUACGGCUUUAACGCCGAGCUGUACCACAACAUGUCGGAGGCGCAGCACAAGUCGCAGGGCAUCGUGGCCAUCUCCCUCAUGCUGCAGAUCAGGGACAAGCCCAACCCGGAGCUCCACGUGCUGACCAGCUCGUUCGGCCAGGUGGCCUACCGCGGCCAGUCCGCGCCGUUCCGCCACCUGUCGGUGCGCGCGCUGCUGCCCGACACCAACCACUACAUGACCUACGAGGGCAGCACCACGCACCCGGGCUGCUGGGAGACCACCGUGUGGAUCAUCCUCAACAAGCCCAUCUACAUCACGAGGCAGGAGCUGUAUGCGCUGCGCAAGCUGAUGCAGGGCUCCCCCGAGACCCCCAAGGCCCCCCUCGGCAACAACGCCCGGCCGCUGCAGCCGCUGCACCACCGCACCGUGCGGACCAACAUCGACUUCUUCCGCGAGCAGGGGAAAAAUUGCCCUAAGAUGUACAAAGACCACUACUACAGAGCCAAUCCGUGGAGCGAAGACAACCGAUCGCAGGGCCGCAACAGCGGUGACAUGCCCUGACUCCACCGCCCUCUUCUGACUGAUCUUCUUUUCGUACUUUUUGCCGGUCGUUCCCACGGCCACCCCCUGUCUGAAGCCUUCGGGUUAGCCGACUAGGGGACUCUCUGCUCCUCUCGGAUGCGGGAUGCCGCGGCAAGUUCCGCGAGGACUCAAGGGCCACUGCUGUCCUCUCUGACCACCGUCUUCCCGAGAGUAUCCAAUCUCUAGCCCACAUAUCGCAUCUGCGCUGUUUUUCCCAUUCCUCUCUUGCGUUGCAUGAAUUGUGCUCGUUGCUACGAACUGUUCUGUCAAAAAUUUCAGGUCUUCCGUCCUCCAAAACUUAUAAAAAAACUUGUGGAGGGCUAAGUUUUGUCCCGGCACGUUUUCUUUGAGGCUCGUGCUUCGAGAAGCUGGCUAUUGUCUUGAACUUAAGUAUUCCAAUAGAACCCUAGUUUGUGUGUCUUAGCGUGGUACUUUGGGGAUUAGCGAUUACGUUGCUUCGUAGGCGCUCGGGAAGCUGAGAGAACCUAAACCCUGACAUGUUUGUGAUAGGCUUUCGAUUUACUUGUUUUUCUGUGCUUUGCUGUAGAACAUUUUUUUUACGGUGGUAAACAACAAAGUGAAGAAGAAUUCAAUAGUGUGAUUGUUGGUUAAAUAAUAGAGUACGUUUAUAAAACAGUUU